AUGGCUUUUGAUUUCUGUUUCGAUAAAAAACUGUUCCUACAUACCACUUGUCGUUGUUGUAGUCAGAAACAAAAAACGAACAGCAGCUGCAGCAACAAUAUCGAAGACAGUGGUGGCGGUGAUAGUGAAAAUUGUGAUGGUGCAGCAGCAGCAGCGAAUGACGUUUAUUAUGAGCCUAAUGAAGAUAUCAAAGACAUCUUUGAAGAUUUUCUAAUAUGGAAAUUGAAUAUCAAUGCCAUGGAUGGUAUGCCGCAACAGAUAUGCGAAGAAUGUUUUCAGAGAUUCAAGCAGGUUCAUUCGUUUCGCGAAGAAUGUCUUGAUAGUCAGAAAAUUUUACAAAGUUAUUUUUUGGACUACGAAGUGUUGGAUGCUGGAAAGCUUACACCUAAAUCGGAGAUACCAAGCGUGGACAAUGAAAUUGCCCCGGAUUCCGUGCUAAACAAUAAGGAUGUUGAUAGAUCUGUUAAUUGCAAAUACAACGGCAAUGAUGUAGCCGGAUCACCUUUCAGUAGCCCUAGACUGCGUCUAAGUCCACGUUUGGUGGAAAUGGCUGGAUGUCUCGAUACAUCUUCUUCGAUUGGUACACCACCUCCAUUGUUUGAGGAGAUUAAAACCGAGCCCAUUGAUAUGGAAACAAUGGAGGUGAUAAAACCGGAAUCAGAAAUAAUCCAAGAACCUCAUCAAAUUGAUUAUAAAAUUAGAUCUCAUCCUAAUUCCUCAGAUGAAGAGGAAUCGUCGACGCCCACUUCGGAUGAAGAGCAAUCGGAUGAUUCUAUGUCAUCGGACGAUGAAGAUGAGUCACUGCAAAGCUACAAAAUGAAACAGAAAAAACCGAAAACCUUUAAUCCUCGGCUUACAUGUAAAAUAUGUCAUCAGGCUUGCGCAAGUCGCCAACAACUGAAGACCCAUAUAAUGCGUUUUCAUCCACAAGAGAAACCAUUUGAGUGUGAUAUUUGCACAAGCACCUUUAAAUCGACAUUUAUGCUUGCCCAACAUAAACUCAAACACAAUCGUCCCGAUUCCACACAAUGUGAGGAGUGUGGAAAAUAUUUCCGCAGUCAAUUACAUUUGCAGCGACACGUUAAGAAUUUCCAUUUGAAGUCGACCUACACUUGUCACAUUUGUAAUCAACAAUUUGAAAAUUACACUCAGAUGCGUUUCCAAUAUCAUGUCCGGCAACAUGGUGAAAAACGGUUUUCCUGUUCCUUCUGUACAAAGGCAUUCCAUCAGAAGAUACACUUGAUCAAUCAUGAGCGAACCCACACCAAAGAACAGCCAUUCCGUUGUCAGCUGUGUGGUAAGGCAUAUCGUCAACAGACAGCAUGCCAGGAGCAUAUGUUGACCCAUCAGGAUCCAACGCCCUUCAAAUGUACACAUUGUUCGAAAGCAUUUAGUCAAAGGUCAACACUGAGAAUGCAUAUGCAACGUAUACAUGGUCUGGAGAAGGCCACAAAAACGUCCGAUGCCAAUUUACUGAUGAAUCAUAAUUUUUUCUAA